AUGAGCUCCUUCCUCAUGAACGGCGGGUACCAACCGCAGCCGGACCCCAAAUUCCCGCCUUCCGAAGAAUACAGUCAAGCAGACUACAUCCCACCAGGAGAAUAUUACCAACACCAACAUUUACAAUAUGGGUAUCAGCAUCAGUACGCGCCUGUACAGAUUGGAACAGGGUACGGCUAUGGAGGAUACUAUCACCCUUUGCCACAGCAUCCCCCAGUGGCACCACCUCCGCGGCCCCCAGAACCGUCGCACCCAUCGGAUGCUGAUCACGGUUAUGUUCCACCACAUAGUGACGUCCCGCCGGGACUUGCAGAACUUGGACUAAGAUUAGAGAGACAUAUAGAAGAGGCGGCACCAGCUGGGAGGAAACUACAUGCAUUGGGCAGAGAAGGCUCUCCGGCGUCAGAAAUGGAUGACGAAAGGCUACUGCUAGACAGUCCGCCAAUUGAAGAUGAUGAUUCAUCUAUCUGCUCGGACAAUACUGACAGGGUUAUAUAUCCGUGGAUGAAGAAAAUACAUGUUGCAGGUGCUUCAAAUGGAUCAUUUCAACCUGGGAUGGAACCAAAGCGGCAGCGCACAGCAUACACCAGACACCAAAUAUUAGAAUUGGAGAAGGAAUUUCACUACAAUAGAUACCUUACAAGAAGAAGACGAAUAGAAAUAGCCCAUACUCUAGUCCUGUCAGAAAGACAAAUUAAAAUCUGGUUUCAGAACCGACGGAUGAAAUGGAAAAAAGAUAACAAACUUCCAAACACCAAAAAUGUUAGGAGAAAAACCAACCCGGCUGGAGUAACCACCACGGCUAAAGGAGCCGCUACACCAAAGAGUAGAAGUAAGAACACAAACAACAAUGAUAAAAAGAAAUCUAACAACAAUGGAAGACCAGACAGUAUAGAAAAUGUAACAGAUAAUAUAAUGAACGACUUGCAUUGCGUCGGAGCGCAACAAAAUUUAUCACACGAUCCAGCGAUUAGUCCGAUGUCGCAUCAUGGGAACCAGAUGAAUUCGCAUCCCAUGACACCUCAUCAUCUUCAUAUGAUGGGGAUGCACGCUGGAUUGGACCCAUCUAUGGUUGCAAACCUGUCGACCCACGGGUCGCCAGUUGGCAACACGGGUUGUGGAACAGGCAUCCCAAACCAGCCAGUCAUCAAGUCAGAUUACGGUCUCACUGCCUUAUAA